CUUGCCAAGUUAAGACAUCCCCGACUAUUGGAGAUCAAGACCCCCUUAGAAGAAACCAAAGAAUCGCUCAUGUUUGUGACUGAGGUGGUUGUGGCCAGUGUUGCUAACCUGACUGGCAAGUAUGAUAACAUAUUGGGCGGGCUCCCGCGUGCACUCAAAGACUUCAGUUUGACAGAUGUGGACCGCCAAUUGGGGCUACUCCAGGUGGCCGAGGGACUCAAUUUUCUGCACAAGUCUGCGAGACUAUUACAUGGUAG